AUGUUUCCAAGUGACAUGAUCUUGGGAAUUUUCCUUAUAUCUCAGUUUUCUAUAGGUAUUAUAGGGAACAUGUUGCUCUUCCUGUCAUCUGUGUACACCUUCUUAGCUCAACAUUAUUUGAAGAAAUCCCUUGAUUCAAUUUUAAUGCACCUGACAAUGGCCAAUACAUUGACAAUUGUCUUCACGCUGAUACCUGGUAUCAUAUCAACCUUUGGAGUAAGACAUUUUUUCAGUGAUGAUGAUUGCAAGGCAGUCUUGUAUAUCUACAGAGUUACUCGUGGUGUAUCUAUCUUUACUACCUCAUUUCUGAGUACAUUUCAAGCCAUCACCAUCAGUCCCAAUAACUCUAAGUGGGCGUGGCUUAAACCUAAACUGUCUACAUGGACCCCUCCCUUCUUUCUUUUCUCCUGGCUCAUCAACAUGCUCAUCUAUACUGAGAUCAUUGAGUAUGUAAUAGCCAAGAACUAUUCCAGUCAUGUUGGACAAAAAUACUUUCAUGCUUACUGUCAAAUUAAGCAGUAUGGGGAUGAAAAUUCAUGGUCAUUUCUCAUUGUCAUACUGACUCGAGAUCUCCUCCUUGUGGUCCUCAUGAUGUCAACCAGCCUCUACAUGGUGAGUCUCCUUUGCAGACAUCGUAGCAGAACCCGGCAUGUCCACAGUCACAGGCUCUCCUCCCAGCCAUCUCCUGAAACUAAAGCCACUCACAGCAUCCUUUUGCUGGUAAGUUGCUUUGUGUUCUUUUAUUGGUUGAAUAACCUUUUCACCCUUUAUCGAUUCUAUAUGCCUGAGAAAAUUUCAAGACUGCAGGGAAUUAAUGCUAUUUUAUCAUCCUGCUACCCAACCAUUAGUCCUUUCAUACUCAUGAGGAAUAAUAGAAUUAUUUUGCCAUUUACUUUAUCCCUUUCCAUGGUGAGAAGUACUUGUAUUCAAAAUGCAUUCAGUAGCUGGUCUGAACCCCACAUCAGACCCCUACCCUGCAGUGAAUGGUAUAGGAGAUGCACAUUGUAUUGA